AUGGCGCAUACGAAUGUCUCAAGCUGUGUCUUGUCAAUCAUAGCGUCGUUCUCCUCUGGUCUGGAUGUGUUCAAGAAGCUACAUGAUAAGCGGAAACGCAAAAAGCGAUCCUCUUCUAAAAUCCCUGCUCAGCUUAACGAUGAGGAGGUCCGAUUAGUAAGGUCGCUGAGACGAGGGCCGGAGGAUAUUGGGAGGGAGUACAUAUUGCAGUCGCAGAGGAGUGGGAAGUAUUUUGCUGUUGGGGAUGCUACCGCGCAGACUUCACUAGCUGAGAUCCUGCUUAAGCUGAAUUUUGGUCUGGUCAGCAUUAUCACUUCUUUCCUGAGUCGAGAUAAGAAGCAUGUACAGCUUGACUAUCAGUCUCUGACCAGCUUAUCCGAGAGGUCGAGAUUGGAUACGUGCCACGCCCUUCGCCUUCUCUUCGAGCGUCUUGCUCAUCCUCGCUUGCCACUUGCGCACCCUAGACUGGCACUACCGGGGAACGCUGAGCCACUAGCUGGAUGCAAAAGUGAUGUAGAGAAGACCCGCAAGCGGCGACGGGCCAAUGCUGCCCACACCAGAGUGAAUGGACCAAUGCUCGCUCGGGUCGUGAUCGCAAACUCGUCAAAACCAUCUCAAAUCGCCAUGGUUAAGCCUGGCGAGCGGCGGGCCAAGGCGAGCAAGCAGAAGUCAAAGUCGAACAGUGCCGCGGCACAGAGUGUAGCGAGUCUACCUUCCACGUCGCCACCUCCAUAUCUCGAUGUGGACGAUAAACCGCCGAUGCCCGCCAGACCUACACAUCAGCGCUCUCAAACUGCUCCUGAGGAAGCGAUGGGAACGUACCAGGAGGGGCAGGUCUUCAAAAGCGCAGCAGGCCAGAGGUCAGGGCAUCCAGCCAGCGUCCCGACCACAAACCACCACCAGUAUCUGGAUGUCAAGCGCAGACCAGUAGCGAGUCACUCGGCCGUCGAGCUAGCCGCAGCCGUACCGCGAAGAAGAAAGCAGACGCCAACAUACUACUCAAUUGCUUCCGAUCGCACAAAGCUCGGCGAGAUCCCGAUGGAGAAGUGGCCAGAGGCGUUCGACUUCGAUGCGAUGAGCCUGAUGAAUAGGCAAGCGGAAAUCAACGGCUGGCCAGUCAAUCAGAUGGGAAGUGAGGUGCGUAAGAAGCGAUUCGGACUUAUGCGCUUGUUUCGGAGGAAGGAAGUUGGGGCGUGA